AUGAGGGUACAAUCGUUGCUACGGGUUCAUCAAUGGGUACAGUUCUCAGAAUUUGGAAUACUAGAUCAAAGCGUAUUGUACAUGAAUGUCGGAGGGGUACAGACCCUUCUACGUUACAUAUCCUUCAAUUCUCACCAUGCUCU